GCCAAUUACCGCUGAAGAUGGCGGAAAAACACACAAAGUGACACCAAAUUGAUAAUCACCUUAAAAAAUGCCCAAAGUUUGAUUUUUUUUGGAGGAGAAAAGAUCGUCAUAAAGAUGAGGAGAGGACCGGGAGGAGUGGGUGCAAUAAACAGACAACGUUUGGCGAGGGAGAAAUAUGCUACAAAGGGGACAGAAAUAGCAGACAUUCAACUAUCCCAAAUGGGAAAACAGCUGGAUUCCUUCAAGACAUCACUAGAAGACUUCGCUGGGAAGUACAAACAAGAGAUUAAGAAGAACCCUGAGUUUAGAGGCCACUUUCAGCAGAUGUGUGCUCGCAUCGGUGUCGACCCUCUUGCGUCAAGCAAAGGUUUCUGGGCAGAGCUUUUAGGUGUUGGAGAUUUUUAUUAUGAGCUUGGCAUCCAAAUUGUUGAAAUUUGCAUGGCAACAAGGUCACGGAAUGGAGGCCUAAUGACACUAGAUGAAUUACACAAGAAAAUUCUCAAGACAAGCAAAUCUAGACAAGACGUAUCUGAGGAUGAUUUGGCACGUGCAAUUAAAAAACUGCAUGUUAUGGGAAGUGGCUUCCAGAUCAUACCAGUGGGUAACAAACGACUUGUCCAGUCAGUGCCAGGAGAACUGAGCAUGGAUCACACUGCUGCUCUUCAGCUGGCACAGGGUACAGGAUACACCUCUGUUUCAUCCUUAAUGAGGGAUCUAGGAUGGGAAGCUGAUCGCACAAGGAGAGUUUUGGAUCACAUGGUUCAUGAAGAGAUGGCUUGGGUUGAUGACCAAGAACCCAAUGAAAGAUUAUACUGGUUUCCAGGUCUCUUCCCAGAAACAUAGCCUACUGAUUUGAAGCCAAGUAGAAUAAUAAAAUAGAUAGCAUUAUAAACCUAAAAUAUCUUUAGUGGCUAUUCCUGAGAACUGGAAUAACUUUCAUUUCUGGAUUGUGUAACAAAAUUGCCAGCCCAAUUUACAUAGUGAUAGUGUUACAAUAGUGUGUACAUAGCAUUUUGCAAAUGUCAAGGUAACUCGACCAUGCCAAGGGUUGAAACUCCUACAGUAUAUCACGAAAAAAAAUUUCAACAAAACUCCAUGAUAUUUUGUAUGGGAUCCUGGCGAAGGGGAUUACUCAAAUACGGAAAAAAUUAUGACAAAAGUGACAUUACAUCCAAGCAUUUUAAUCAGUAAUUUUCUUUUUAACCUAUUUAUGGGUGGUUAAAUAUGUUUAAUUUUAAGUAUUUCCUAAUACUGAAUCCAGUUUAGUUUAGGCAAUUUGCUUAGAUAGGUUAAGUUAUCUCAUCUUGACCCUUUACACCCUAACAUCAGCAUGUAUAUUCUCCAUACAGUUCCCUAUACAUUUCCUUAGGUGCAAACAAGGAGAAUUUGUGUAACAAUCAAGAUUUUGUUCAGUUGGUGAUCCUUUCCUUUACUCCCAGAACCUCAAUGUGUGAUUCAGGGGUGAUAUUGUAAGGAGAAAUUGGAUGUUGCUCACUCCUUAAGGGUCAAGGGGUUAAUAAUGACUGACCCACCCUGGACUAGCUGUGGCCAUUUGCAGCUCACUCAAUUUCAUAUUGAUAAUUUGGAAAGUGAAUAAAUAAUAGUGGAAGUUACAAGUUUUGUAGAUUACCUAAAUAGGCAGGGGGAGGGGUCACAGGGAGUUUUAGCCAGUGUAUGACUGAAAGUGGGUGUCAAAUAACUACUAGGCUACAAGGCAUAGAAUCAAAAUAUGUUUGUCCAUAGUUAAUCAAGGGAAACCAAUCCCCUCGAUUAACUAUGGUUUGUCAGAAGAGUUUUAUCAACUGGUAGUUCAACAAAUUUGACAUAAAUGGCAGCUUGGGGUCUGGUUUGAACAAGAACAAUAGAGUAAAAAAAAAAA